CACGUGACCCCGGCACGCUCCUGCGGGGGGAGCGAAAUCUCGAGGGCAGCGCCGCAGGGGACAGAGGGACGCACGCUCCGUUGAGCACCUCAUCUUUCGCUUGGACGCCAGCGCGAAGGACGCGAUGUUGGGGCUCUCCCGCCACCUUCUUUGGGCCGUCGGCUGCCUGGCCGCGCUCUGCGUGCUGACAGCGGCGGAGAACAACAGCACCAUCCUGCCUCUGAAUGCGAGUACACCCUCGCUUUCACCGCCUACCACCCAGACAACCUCCGCGCCGCCGAAGACGCUCCCCACUCCAGCACCAGAAAUCUGUGAAAAUCGCAACAGCUGUGUUUCUUGUUUUGAUGCUAAUAAUACCUGCUUUUGGAUAGAAUGUAAAGGUAAAAGCUACUGUUCAGAUAAUUCAACAGUUAGUGAUUGCCAAGUGGUGAACGGCACAGACUUCUGUUCUGGGCCCACUGUCACACCGUUGCCAACCAAUUCUACAGCUAAAACCACAACUCUGCCUUCCCCUUCUUCGGCUUCCACCACAGCUACUACAUCAGGUACAACUAAUACCACCUUAGCUCCAACUACUCAACCUAUGCGGAAGUCUACCUUUGACGCAGCCAGUUUCAUUGGAGGAAUUGUCCUUGUCUUGGGUGUGCAGGCUGUAAUUUUCUUUCUCUAUAAAUUCUGCAAAUCUAAAGAACGAAACUACCACACUCUGUAAACAGACCUGCUAAGUGAACAAGGACUGGCGUGUAACUCACUGAAACCAAAAUAUCUUUCAAGAUGUCCCACAUGGAAGACGCUAUUCUAGGAUCUUUAAAUUUUCAAAGGAUGCAUAUAGGAGCAUCAACCUUGAAGAAAAAUCAGUUAAAUCAUUUUGCUCAAUGGGAAUAUUUAAAAUAUUCUGCAUGAAUCCUUGUAGCUGUCUUCUUUUACUUUAAAUGGCUGCUGCUGUGGGAUUAUGUUCUCUCUUCUUGACAUGCCAAAUGUAACUCUGUAAGUGAUGGAAAACAUUGUCCUGCGCAGACAACCUCAUGACUCUUUGGCAGUUUAAAUGUAGUCAUUUUAAAGCCUGUAAGCUGCAUUGUUUUCAUCCUAACUCAGGAUGUAGUUUAGUGACCAGAAUUGAGAAGAAUGUGCCAAAUGAGCAUCAAUCAGGUGGAUUUUUGGCUAUUAUUUCAAAAGUGGAAUAAAUUUAUAAAUUUAGUAUCCUUAGAGUAAAAUUCUGUGCUUGAUAACUAUUAUUUUUUCUACAUUAGAAAAAAGAUGCCACACAGGGAAUUACAUUCCAGGUUUAAAGAAAUGGAGAGGAUACAAAAACAUAAAAGUACAGCAGGUUAUUGUUCAUACUUGUAAAGCACCUUAUUGUCACUGAGAAAAUAAAGAACAGUGCCUUAAAAGACAGACUGAAAGAUAGACUGUAACUUAAAAUGUUGAUUUGUUCUUUCACAUUAAUGAAGGGAAAGGUUGGUCCGAGGAUACAACUGUUGAUGUGAGCAGUAGUAAUCCUUCUUUUAGAUACCAUACAGUUAGUAUUUAAUUGAAAACCUACCUACUUUAUUUCAAGCCUGAGUAACUUAAAGGAUGUUAUACAAAGUCAAAAGCCUUCAUCUAUUAAAUCUCCCAACCUUUUUCUUAUGGCUGUUAAAAAGUAUAGAGCUAAAGUUGAUUUAAUUAUAUGUUCCUUUGUACUUCAAAAAAGAUAUCCUGACACUGUUGUACCAUAUAAGGAUUUCCACCAAGCUUUCUAUUAGGCAAGUAAUUUCUAUUAGGCAAGAAAGAAAUAAGUUUAGAGUCAUUUACUAACUCUUUAAAUGAGACAGUCAUUUUAAGUUUUGAGACAGCAAAUGUGAACAGUGUAAUUUCAGGAAAUCUAAGGAUUUUAGUUGAUCAAAUUACUGUAGAUUUUAAUGAUUGCCCAGAUAAACAGAUUGUACUUUUUCUUUCUCCUCUCCUAUCCUUUCUUCUUAAUUUCAGUUUCUGUAGUAUGGUAAACAUGCAUAUUUCUAUUUCUUUAGUUUCCUUAUGAAGCACAAGUAUUUUCAGGUUUAGAGGGAUACUUGUUCCCUGCCUUUGACAUAUUGGAUUAGUUCAGGGGCUUAAAUAAGUUGAAAAUGAGCUUUUGCUUUUCUAGGUCAUUAAGGGUUUUUGUUUUAGUUUCUUUAGCCUGUAGUGGCUGAGUUUAGCACUUGGUUUUCAGUAUUUUAUAGUAAGAAACGACAAGUUGCUUUGGUCCAUUUGAUAAGCCAAAAUUCCUUACAUUUAGAUAAUUAACGGUUCUUAAAAUGAAGAUUUACUGUUUCUUUGUUACUUGCUGGUACAGCUAAAGUUGUUUUACUUGCACAUUUGUACAUACACCUAAUGUUUUCAAGUGCCUUAAUUGUUUAAAAUCUCUGGCAUCAAAGGUUUUUGGGAAAAGGUAGGCUUACCUCACAUUUUUGUGUUCCCCUUAGUAGUAACAUUCUAGGUACCUCACAAAAAUGUUUCUUAACGGUGCCAUGGCUGUUAGUUUUUAGUGAGCGCUAUAAGAUACAAAAUUCAGUUGAAAAUAGAAUUUCCAUUCUCCCAAAGUGGUAAAAAUUAGCUAUAAUGGUAUAAUUGUCACUUACCUAGAUGUGAAUACCUUGCUAAUGUUAACACUAUAGCUAUUUUUGUGGAAAUGUAGCUGAUAAAGCUUCUCAUCUUCUGUAAUUUUGAAGACUGCUCUAACAGAAUCAUAAUUUGGAAUUAGAUUUUACAAGAAGAGCUCUUACAACAGAACUCACAGCCUUUCCCCUCUUCCUUUUGCAGUUCAGUAUCUUGAGCCAUUAAUAAUUUUUGGGUUUUUUAAUCCAGAAGGUAUAUAGAAACCUUUUCAGAUUUUUCAUCUGAUUUGUUCAUGCAGAUGUAGUUCUAUUAAAAUCCCUAUUUUACCUUACAAAUAUUUGUUGCACAGGAAGACACACUGCUGUAUUUAGAAAUUUCUAUUUCAGUUCAUUAAAAACUGCAAAACCAAUCUGUAUCAUGUACCAAACUGAUUUAAAAUAAAUACAUGUUUAUUGGA